CCACCACCGAGAUCCACAUCCGUGGGAACUUUCUUCAUUUCCCGAUAGACUAUGUUAUGUUAUGUCAUUUAUACAACAACAUAUUUCACAAUUUAUUAAUAAAUUAAACACAAAAUAAAUAAACAUUUAUAAUUAAUCUAGCCCAGAUUAUUAACAGUUUCGAGCAAUAUGUUGUUAAGAAGAGGAGGGGUGUCCUUAUCUGUCAGUUGUAGCCUUAUCUUGGCCACGUUACUCUUUUCUCCAGCCUGGACGAAGAACGAUGUAGUGGAGAAAGUGUCGGACAACGAAUUUCUUAACCUUAUCCAGACAGAGAAGCAUGUCGUAACGAUUUUUAGUAAACCAAAUUGUCCUAAAUGUGAUGAAUUUGAGCACGAAUUGGCCGCUAUCCGAGAAACACUGGUUGAUUCAUUGGACGCUUCAAUUGUGAAAGUAGUGUCAAGUCCAUUGGCCAAGCUGUACAGCCCGACACUCGAACCUGCCAUUGUCUUUUUCCGACAUGGGUCACCCAUGUUGUAUCACGGGGCAGCCAACGAGGAGGAAAUUCUUCACAAGCUGAACAGGUGUCCUGAACCGGCCGUGAAAUCGUUGAACGAUGAGACUUUUGAGCAUUUGACGCAAGCUGCUACAGGGGCAACGACAGGAGAUUGGUUAAUAAUGUUUGAGAAACGGACCUGUGUCAAAAGUCAACGUCUUCAGGCCGUUGUUGAAGCGGUAGCGUGUGAACUUAAGGUUAAAAUGAAUGUGGCUCGUGUAGACAAGUCGAACGAUGGGGGUGCGACUGGGAGGAGAUUUGGGGUCAUGGACACUCCAACAUUUAUUUUGUUCCGUCACGGAAAAAUGUACCGUUAUGAACUGGACACGAUAUCAAUCUCAAAUCUUAUCGACUUUGCGACUGACUUUUAUAGAAAUUCUAAAGCAGAAAAUGUGCCUACGCCAAAAUCGCCUUUUGACGACUUCACGGAAAUGAUUGUAGAGAAAAUGCAUGAAAAUCCCCAAAUUGUUAAAUUAGGUUCCAUCGGACUCUCAAUUCUCAUAAUUUUGGCAAUCUUUGUCACAUUGUCUGGAAAAGCUAAGACUGUGGCGAAAUCAAAUCAAGACAAGAAAGAUAGCAAAAAGAAAACAUGAGAGGAAUAUUAUAAGGGGCCGAAAAAUUCUUGCAAUAAUUAAUUAAAACCCCGUGCCUCACCCACAUUCCACCGUGAAAUACUUUAUAAAAAUACCAAAUCUUUAAUUCCAAAUAACAAGUGAUACAUGAUAAUUACAUCACAUUAAUACAAUUUACACUUUAACGUUUGUCACUUUGCCGUUAAAUUGAAUCUUGGUCUCAAUCAAUAAGAGAAUGUAAAAAUUUGUAAUCUAUGUAUUCUAAAGUCUGAAAGAAUAAACUCUAAACUAUAA